CGGGGGUGGCUGGCUCGGGGCGGCGCCGGUCGCUGGAAAGCUGCGGCCGCCACAACCGGGUCCGGGCCGUGCCGAAGGGGCCGUGCCGUGCCGAGGCUCCUCCCUGCUCCAUCCUGAGGCGCCGGUCACAAGCGGCGGGGGCGGCCGCCCCGCUGCUGCUCCGUCCCUCCUGUCCCGUCCCGCCCCGUCCCGGUGGCGGAGCGCAGCCCAGCCCAGGUCGCCGCUGAUGGAGGCGGGAGCCGGCGCUGAGACAGAGCCGCUGCUGCCCCCGCGGAGCUGGCUCCGGCGGGCCGAGGAGGCUACUGGAUUGGAUAAUGACCUUUAUAUAAAUCAAGCCGUAGUAUUUAUAGAAGACGCAAUACAGUAUCGAUCUAUAAACCACCGUGUGGACUCUAAAUCCCUGUGGCUUUAUAGGUGGUAUUAUUCAAGAAUUUGCCAAUGCAUUUUGAGCUUGACCAUUACUAUAAUCCUGGCUUUGGCUUUCAUUGAAACACCUUCUUCGCUUACUAUCACAUCAGAUGUACGAUACCGCCUUCCUGCCUGGGAUCCUCCAUGUGGCCUAACAGAAAGCGUUGAGAUGCUUUGCUUCCUCGUGUUCAUAAUUGAUGUGUCUGUGAAGAGUUACUUAGUUGGAUGGGAAGAGUUUUGGAAAAAUAGAUGGCUGAUGGCUUAUAUCCUGACAUUAAUUGUUUCCAUUACUGACUGGGUUGUAUCGCUGAGUUUUUUCUGCACAGAGACUGUGAGAAUAAGAAGAAUUCUUCGUCCUUUCUUUCUCCUUCAGAAUUCUUCAAUGAUGAAGAAAACAUUAAAAAGUAUCAACAGCACAUUGCCUGAAAUGGCAAGCGUUGUUCUACUACUAGCUGUUCAUCUGUCUCUCUUUACCAUGUUUGCCAUGCUGCUGUUUGCUCGAACAAAGGAUGGUCAGCAGGAUAAGGAAUGGGUGGGGUAUUUUCGGAAUUUGCCCGAUUCACUGACAUCACUGCUGGUCUUGCUAACUACAGCAAAUAAUCCUGAUGUAAUGAUUCCAGCGUAUUCUAAGAACCGAGCUUAUUCAAUCUUCUUCAUACUCUUCACUGUAUUAGGGAACUUAUUUCUGAUGAACUUGCUUACAGCAAUAAUAUAUAACCAGUUUCGAGGAUACCUUCUGAAAUCAGUUCAGUCCUCCCUCUUCAGGAGACGGCUAGGAAUCCGGGCUGCAUUUGAAGUGCUUUCUUCCCUGAAAGAGGGUCCUGCUAAUGCAGAACAGUCGUACGUCUGUGUUGGGGCCUUGCUUCAAGUGCUGCAGAAAGUUGAAAUGGAUUCUCGCUGCAAGCAAGCAAUCAUGAGGUCACUCAAAAUAUGGUCCGGUGACCAGCUGUCUGCCGCCCAGUUCCAGAAGCUCUUUGAAGAACUAGACAAAGAUGCCAUUAAGCAACAUCCUCCCAGUCCAGAGUACCAAUCCCAUUUUAUGCAGAAAGUGCAGUUUGCCUUUGGCCAUCCUUACUUUGGCUACUUGGGAAAUGUUGUAGCCCUUGCAAACAUUGUUUCUAUCUGUGUGGUUUUGGUGAUAGAUGCAGAUAAGCAGCCUUCUGAAAGAGAUGACUUCUUCUUGGGGGCUAUCAACUGCUUCUUCAUCCUAUACUAUCUGCUGGAAAUGUUGCUGAAAAUCUUGGCGAUGGGCUUGAAAAGAUACUUAUCGUACCCGAGCAAUAGGUUUGAUGGACUUCUGACUGCAAUUUUGCUGGUUUUGGAGAUUGCAACUUUUGCAGAGUAUGGAUUUCCUCAUCCUGGUUGGAGACCUGAGUUCAUGGGAUUGUUAUCGCUGUGGGAUAUGGUUCGAUUGGUGAACAUGCUAAUCGUUUUCAGGUUCCUGCGGAUCAUUCCUAAUAUGAAGUUCAUGGCUUUGGUUGUUACUACAUUGCUGGAUCUGGUAAAAAACUUGAGAGCCUUUGCAGGAAUCCUUGUGGUGGUUUUCUAUGCAUUUGCUAUAACUGGCAUAAUGCUAUUUAAAGGUGCUGUGGUCCCUAUGGGAAAUGUCAGCGUUGUCAAUACAACAUAUAAUAAUGGCACUCUGCAGUGUGGGACCUAUGAACAGCUGGAAUACUGGCCAAACAACUUUGAUGACUUUGCUGCAGCAGUGGUGACCCUCUGGGAUGUGAUGGUAGUGAACAACUGGCAAGUCUUUCUGGAAGCGUUCUCAAGAUACUCAAGUCCGUGGGCAAAGAUCUAUUUUGUAGCCUGGUGGUUGAUCUCAUCUGUCAUCUGGGUUAAUCUCUUCGUAGCUUUACUUCUAGAGAACUUUAUCCACAAGUGGACCCGUCGCUGUCAUCGGGAGUCUCUCUCAGAUAUUGAAUACCAGAGGACAGUUGAACUAAUGUUCAGAGAUGUUUUGGAAGAACCUACAGAGGAAGAGCUGAUGGAAAAACUACACCAGCAUCCACACCUGCACUUAUGUAGGUGACUGGUGGGAAGGACUGAUUUAUUUAGACCUCUGUUUUCUUGAGGUUGUCAGCUGGAAGAAACUGGAUGGAUUUUCUGUGAGGUGCUGUUAGGAGAGGCUUGCAGGACAGUAUGUAAGGUUUGCUUGGUAAUUCUUUGCAGAAAGAAUUUUUUUUAUUGUUGGUUAGUAUCUUUUUU